AUGCAUGACCUAGAUCUGUGUCACGACGAUCUUCCAGCGCACCGAUCACUCGGAGUCUUCUGGAAUCUGGAGAUGGACACCUUUAAAGUGACCCUGCCAGAAAAGCCGUUCACCAGGGGAGGAGUCCUGUCCAUUGUGAAUUCAGUGUAUGACCCACUCGGUUUCACAGUGCUAGUCAUGCUUGAUGGGAGAGAGAUACUUCAGCGGCUUGUAGCCAUGGGCCACCAAACCAGCCGGAACAACACCCCACUGGGCUGGGACGACCCCCUCCCUGCAGCAAUGAUGAACCGGUGGAUGCACUGGAGAGAUUCUCUCAUGGAGUUACAGCACCUGUUUAUUCUUUGCUGUUACCACCCAAAGGAUUUUGGCACAGUAGCCAAAGCAGAACUGCACAUCUUCUCCGAUGCCAGUCAAGACGCUAUUGGAGCAGCUGUUUAUCUUCGCCAGUUUAACAAAGCGAACGAAGAGUCCACUUCUCUUGUCUAUGGCCAAGCCAGAGUUGCCCCAGCGUACCCGACAAGCAUCCCUCGACUGGAGCUAUGUGCAGCAGUACUAGCCCUGCAAGCAGCACAAAAGGUCCUCAAAGAGAUUGAUAUGGAGAUUGCUGACGUAGCAUACUACACCAACUCAAAAGUAGUGCUAGGCUACAUUACAAACGAGAGCCGUCAUUUCUACGUCUGCAUAGCCAACCAAGUACAGAUGUUAGAAGUUUAUCUACCCCUGAACAGUGGAGAUAUGUAG